AUGAAUAGCUUAGUUUUAAUUUUCAUUUGUGUACAUAAUUUAGUUUACUGUCUUAAUCGUAACAUUAGGAAAAAUGCAUAUAUUCUAUAUUCACCAAAAUCUGCAAAUUCCAUUAAACCAACUUCCAGAAGAUGGAGUAAGCCCCUGAAUAAUAACAUGAAUGAAUUACAUGAAGAUGAAGAUCUAAUAAAAUUUAAAUUAUCGAACAGCUUAAAUAGUAUAAUAUACAAAAAAAGGAAAAAUGUAAAUAAAAAGAAAUUUAUCCUAAAUAAUGAAAAUCAUGUAAUAUUGCCUUCACAUAAAAUAUCUGAUGAAUAUAAGAAAUGCAUUAAUCCUAUUGAUUAUAAUUAUGAAGAACUUCAUGUAUAUAUGGAAGUAAACACAGGAAGUGUGAACGAAAAGAAAAAUCAACAAGGAAUCAGUCAUUUAUGUGAACAUGUUUCAUAUAUGGGAUCACAAAAUAGAAAAAAUAUUAUUGAUAAAAAUAUUAGAACAAAUGCCUAUACUGAUUUUCAUCAUAUUGUUUUUUAUAUAAGCGUAAGUCUAAAUAAUGAUAUUUAUAAGGAAAAUUCCUUUGCCAAUUUUAAUCAUGAUAAUUUUAUAAAAAACAUAAGAGAAGAAGAAAUUGAAAAUUAUGAUAUUUAUAGUGUCGAUGAAUUUAACUAUAAGCACUCUAUUUUAUCUCAAUGUAUUGAUACUAUGGUAGAAGUUUUAAAAGGAGAAACCCAGUUUAAUAAAGAAAGGAUAAAAAAAGAAAAAAAGGCUAUUUUUUCUGAAUAUAGUAUAAUUAAUACUGUAGAGUAUAAAAUGAAUUCAGAUAUUAUUAAAACAUUACAUAAAGAAAAUAGACUUAGUCAUAGGUUACCAAUAGGGAAAUUAGAAUUAUUAAAAAGAUAUGAAGAAAAGGAUUUAAAAGAAUAUUUUGAUUUAUUUUUCAGAUCAGAAAAUGUAAAUUUAUAUGUAUAUGGAGAUGUAAAUGUUGAUAUUACACAAAAAUUAAUAAAAAAAAAAUUUGAAAGUAUAAAAAAUAAAAUUUUAUCUUUUGAAGAUAUAAAAUAUUUAAAUAUAUUAAAUAAUAACACUCUAAGAUCAAAAAAUAAGAACUUUCCAGCGGUUGUACAUAAUUUUAAUAAUAACAUUGAAAAAAAUUAUAUGAAGAAGGAUUUUCAUGAGGCAAAUAAUACCUCUGUUAAUACCUGUAAUGAUAAUAUUAUAAAUGAACAUAAUUCUAAUAUAAGCGAAUAUUUUACGGAUGAUGACUUUGUUGAUAACAGAUACAUAGAUGAUAAUAUUAUUGACGUUGAAAAGCUGAAAGAGAUAAAAAAAAAUGAAAAUGAAAUUAUGAGUGAAUUAAAAUUUAGAUCUUAUUUAAAGAAUAAAUAUGCCGUGAAUAUAGAAGAAGAAAAACUAUUAAAUAAAACCGAAUUAAAAAAUAUUAUUACAGAUUUUGAAAUUAUUAAAUAUUCUUUAAGUAAUGUUAAUAUAAAUAUUUUAUUGAAAGAAGAAAUUAAAAGUAUAAGAACUUUUGAAGAUUUUAAAAUAUCUGUAAUAAAAGAAAUAAUUUUUUAUUGUUUGUCUUUUCGUUUUAAUAUACAUAGAAAUGAUCUAUUUAAUAGCAUAGAUAUUAAUGAAUAUACAAAUAUAAAUGAAGGAGCAACAAUAAGAACUAUAGAAAUAAAAACAACAACAAAGUCAUUUGAAAAAACUAUAAAUGUGUUUUAUAGUUUUAUAAAAAGCUUACUAUUAUAUGGUUUUAGUAGAGAUGAGAUACUAAAUUAUAAACUGAAUGAAAUUGAUUAUGACGAAGAAGAAGAAAAUAAACAACAUAUAUCAAAAAAUAUGAAAUUAACACACCCAGAAAAAUGUGAUGAUGAAUAUAUUUUAGAUACAAAAAUAAAUGAAACUUAUACUGACGAGAUUCAGAAAAUAAUAGAUUAUAACUCUUGUAAUCAUGUAUAUAUGAAUGAAAAAAGAGAAAAAAAAUUGAAAAAAGAAAUUUUUGAUCAACUAAAAAUAGAAGAAAUAAACACAUUUGCUAAAUAUUAUUUUCAAUAUUUGUUUAAUAUAUUCAACAAAAAUACAAAUUUUAAGCCCCAUUGUGUUGUUGUUCAUGUUCCUCAUAACAAUAUCAAUGAAUUUAAUAAAAAUAAAAUUAAAAAAUUAUUUUUUGACAAUAUUUACUCAAAAGAAGUAGUACCAAAUUUUUCAAUAAAUAUUCAAAAAAAACUAUUGUCUUCUGAAUAUAUAUUUGAAAACAUUACUCAAAAUAUACAUCUUGCAAAAUAUAUAGAACCAAACUCAAAUAGUAAUAUAGAUAUAUUUCAUUACAUUAUAAAGAAGAUUAAUCAAAUAAAAAAAGAUAAUGUUCCUAUAUACAAUCCAUACAGUUUAAGUACUACCCCUAAUUUUAACUUAUUUAAAAAUUUCUAUGAUAUCAAUGUUGAAGACAAAAAUAACAAUGAAAUAGACAAAAGAGAAAAAGAAAAAAAUGUUAAUGAAUUUAUGAAAAUAGAAAAUAAUCAAGAUAAUAAGUAUAAUGAAGAUUUAGGAGAAUUAAAAAAUGAAUUAAAUAAUAAUACAUUACCAAGUAUUAAUGACAAAAUUUUAAAUGAUAAAAUAGAUUUUCCAAGUUUAAAAAGUCAUAUAUUAUCAAAAAAAAAUCAAAAAGAUGUAGAAAAUUAUGAAUUAACAAAUGGUAUAAAAGUGAAUUUAUAUAAAACCAAGAUAGAUAAAAAAAAUAUAUAUUUAAGAUUAAUAAUCCCUUAUAAUAAAAUUUUGCAAAAGAAAAAGCAAAAUGUUUUUGUUUUAUUAUUUUCUAUUAUAUGUUUAUUUGAAGGUGGUGAAAUAGAAAAUGUUUGUAGAGAAAAUGUAGAAGUACAUUGUAGUAAUAAAAAUAUCAAUAUUUAUAUUGAUGUAAAUGACGAAUAUUUUUUCAUUGACAUAUAUACUUAUAAUAAAAAUGAAAAUAUUAAUUCAGCUUUUUCCAUAAUAAAUAAUAUUUUAUUACAAACAAAAAUAGAAAAUUCUUCUUUACAGAGAGUUAUUGAUAAACUAAAAAAGGAUUUUUUUGAAUAUAAAAAUAAUCUUCAAUCUUUUUUGAUAGGCCAAACAAUUUCCUAUUUAUCUGAUGGUUAUAUUGGUUAUCAGAAUUUUGAUUUAGAUACUGUAGAAAAUAUAAGUUUAGAAGUUGUUCAAAAAGAAUUAUUGAACUUAUUUAGUGAUUUAUCAUUAUUUGAAAUAACUAUUGUUGGAAACAUUUCUGAUUUUAUACAUUAUUAUAUUUUACAUUUUCUGGGGACAAUAAAAAAAAAAAGAGAGAAAAAAAAUGAUAACAUAAAUGAUAAUGACCAUAAAGAAGUAAAUUCAUCGAAAAAUAUCAAAAUAAAAGAUUAUAUAAUGAAUAAAAAUAUAUUAUCAAAUCAUAGAGAUAAAGAAAAUGAGCUAUUAAAUGAGUAUAAUUUAUUAUGCCCUAUUAAAAAUUUUGAUAAAAAAUCAAAGGAAAUAACUUAUGUUUAUUUAAAUGAAAAAGAAGAACAUGGUGUAUUUUUAUUAGCAGGAAAAAGUGCAAAUAGCUAUGGAUUUUUAAGUAAUGGUAUUCAUAUAUCUUUUUAUCUAUUAUAUUUUUUAAAAGAGCUAGUACUACGAUCAAAUAAAUCAGAAAAUAAAGAAAAUAUUUUUGAUAGAGAAUUAGAAAAAAUAAAAAGUCAUAUAAAUUCAAACGAAUAUAAAGAAGAAAAUCUCAAAGAUUUAAUAAAAAAAAAAAAAAAACUAUAUACAAAUCCAUUAUUUUUUAGUAUAGUAUCAUAUAUUAUUCAGUAUGUAUUAAAUAGCAAACUUUUUCAUUACUUGAGAGAAAAAAAGGAACUAACAUAUGAUUCAUCUUUUGAAUUUUUAAAUUAUGAAAAAUAUUUCACGGGAUUUUUUACAUUAAUAGUUCAAACUAAUCCAAAAGAUCUAGAACUAAUAAAAAAAGAAGUAUUAUUUUGUUUUGAAGAUUUUACAAAAAACUAUUACAAUUACUCCGAUUAUUUAAUUGAAAAUGCAAAAUUGUCUUAUUUAAAUAAAAAAAAUAAAGAUUUAAAAUAUUUUAUUGAUAAAAUAAGUGGGAUGCAAUUAACACACUUUCCUUUAAAAUAUAAAAACAAAUAUAUAUUGAAAGAUAACUUAAUAUUAAAUAAAAUUGAAAAAGUAGAUAUUCUCUUGGUUUUAUUUGUUUUAUUUAACCAAACUAAUAAUUAUCAUAUUUCUUAUGGUAUUUCAGCUCCAGAAGAUAUAUGGAAAAAUAAUUAUAAAAAUAUAAAUAAUCUUUAA